CUUAGUUCACAGCGCCUUGUGCGGACGGCACACUAACGCAAAAAGCCGCGCACGUAACUUUGACAGCAAGGCUCCAGUUUCAGUAUGUUAAACAUCUGGUGCACAGCGCCGAAACAGAUUUGCGACGCGUCUAUUUAAUUUGCACAACUGUUUUGGAACAGCGUUAUUUUUUUUUUAUUCUGCUGAUGUGAUUUUUGCCCCAUUGGAAUGAUGUGGACGUUUCAUGACUGUGUUGGAAUUGUUUUCUUUUCCAGUUUCUGUAUCCAGGUCGGUGUUUCUUUCAACGGAAAGUUUACUGAAAUGCCGUCAAAUGUUACCGCCAAGGAAGGUCAAAACAUCGAAAUGGCGUGCGCCUUUCAAAGCGGGACAUCCUCUGUUUACUUGGAGAUUCAGUGGUGGUUCAUUAAAGCGCCGGAGGAGCGGAACGUCAGCGAGGGGGACAGUGACACGCAGAUGGAAAUGACACCCCCCGACCCUGAUGACGAGGGGACAAAAAUUAGCACCGUAAGGGUGCAAGGGACUGACAUCUCUCACAGGCUGCAAUUAUCCAAAGUGGGAAAAAGUGACGAGGGUUUGUACGAGUGCCGAGUCACGGACGCCAACUACGGGGAGCUGCGGGAAUACAAGGUGCAGGCCCACCUGCAGGUGAACGGCACGGCUCAGCUGCGAAACAAGGCAGUGAAGAAAACAGCACCACUGCACCUGACGGACAAAAAGCCCCGCAAAGCCAACCAAGCCGGUGCUCAUGACGGCGCCGGGUCCGAGCAGCGAGUCCGCUCUACCUCUAGCUCUCAGACUAAAUCAGCCAAAACAGGGAAACACAGUCACGGAUCAGGUAUGAGGAUAGCUGCAAGCCACGGACUUGCACUGGUGCUUCUUGCUUGUGGCUUUGUGAGGGGCGCUUUGUUGUAGUCCCCAGAGUUGACUCUUUCCGAUAUCACUUUCUCUUCGUAAAGCUAGAGAAAAUCGCCGGUUCUUUCCAUGGAACGGACAGCACAGUUGGCCCAGAAUUCCAGCCAUCGCUCUGCAUCCCCCCCCCCCCCCCCACCCCCACAUUCAGAUUUCAGACACAAGAAGUAAUAAAUCUUUACCAGGACUUUUUUAAAAAUAAAUUAUUUCAGAAGUACAUUAAUUGUGACAGUAUCCAGAAUAUAUUUAAAACUUGUUUAUCUCUAUAUUGUUGAACAUGAAAUGUGGUCAUUGUUUAGCACGCAUUUUGCCCAGUUUCCCUUAAUGUCGAAGAAGUAAAUAAGUCAUGUCUACUGUGGUUCAGACGGUUUAGCUGUGUAAACUUUUUUUGUUAAAAUAUGGAUUUUUUUCUGUUAUAAAUUACAAAUUCUGUAAUUCAUUUUCAUCUUUUCCACAUGAGUUUGGUUUUAAUUGUUUGUAGGGGCACAUUUCCUGAUAUAAUAAAUGUCACUUUUCUGUUAUAACAAUUUUUGGGAUAAUUUUUUAACGUGUUUAUAUAUCCAUAAAAUGAAAAAUAUAAAAGUACUAUUUGCUAGUAUUCUGAAGUGUUUGGAAUAAAUGGGUAACGUGGAAAAGGCUUUGAUUUCUGCUCUGACUGUGGAAAAUUUCCUGUCCCCCUAAAUUUCAUGCAAAUGUCAUUUAAUUUAUUUGGUAAAUUCAUUCUGAAUCAUGAUCUUCAUGUUUUACCUCUGCUUUGUGAACCCAACCUAAAUAUCCAGAGGAAUAUGCUCCCUGCACCUAAUUUACAUGACGCUCUGACAAUCAUGUAACACCGUUUCAAAGGAAUUUAUUUCAUGUCGAGUUUCUCAUUCUAAAAUUAGAAAUACGUUUCCUCACAUGAUAAACCGACCUUUUUAAAAUAUGUUUUCAGGAAACAAAUUCCAUGGUGGGAAUAUUGAAAUGAAACUGAAAUAUCUCUGAAAAUGUGCUGGUAUGUAUUUUUACCAGGUCAAAUUGUGUAUAUACAUUUAAUUAAAUUUAUUUAUAUAAUGAAAAUGGCAAAGGUAUCAAGUCAGCCUGCCACUGGUUACAGUCCCCACCCUGGUAGUGAGGUCAUUACUCACUACCAUUACUUCCUCUUUCUUAUCUGGUCACCCAAAUAUUCAUUUUCUCUUCAUUUUGCACUUUAUCAGUCUAUCUGCUGUUAUUAUUAAUAACACGUACAUAUUCUGUAUGUUUACAUAUUACACAUACAUAUGUACAUGGAGGACAUUAGUACCUUUAAAUAAACAUAAACGUAUGAGUCAUAUAAGCAGUGUAUACAAGACAUAUAUCAUAUAUAAUACAUUUGAAUUUUAAUGGUAGUUAGCUUUAUAUAAAAAAAAAACAGUCUUUGACCAGAAGUCAUCAGGCAUGCCAGAAUAAACAUAAAACAAAAAUGUUGAAAUACUUGCAUAAAAGAAAUUCAUGCAGCAAUAAUUUGUGAAGCUCACAAAAUAUGUAGCUAGUUAGAACAAGGUGAAGUAAUAAAAAAGAAGAAAGCAUACAGUCCAAGAAUAUUUAUAGUAUAAUUAUAUGUUAUGAAAAUGAGUUUAUUUUUCCAAAGAUUAAUUUGGACUGUAUGACUGACCUAUAUUAAAUAGUACAUAGUAACAUUUUCUCCCUCUUUUGUUAAUAGCAUUUAAAAAAAUUUUGGUUUUCAUUUGAACUAAGCGUUUAAACACAUGAUGUAUAUUUUGGUAAUAAGAAAGAAUUAAACUACAGGAAAAUAUACAGAGAAUGAUGUAUGCAUUGCAGUGUUGGCAUCCAUUAUGUGCUGCUUAAGAUGUCUCCUAAAAUUGGUUAUUGUCUUUGAUUU